GACAUCUGUCAUGUUCAAAUUGUUCAUCUUCAGUUUGAUUUGUCUUAGCCAGCCAUCGUCAAUGGUCAAUGGCCGCAGGCAUUCGCCAUUGAUUGUCGAUGAAAAUGAUGGAAAUCGACGGAACAAUCGACCAGCGGUAUCCGAAUGUCAAUUUGGCAAGACCCUCAAGGAAUUGGGUUCAACAUGGUAUGCCGAUUUGGGACCACCAUUUGGUGUUAUGUAUUGCAUUAAAUGUGAAUGUGUGGCGGUUCCCAAAAAACGCCGCAUUGUGGCUCGCGUCCAAUGUCGCAACAUAAAAAAUGAAUGUCCACCAGCUUUGUGCGAUGAUCCAAUUUUGCUGCCCGGUAAAUGUUGCAAAACAUGUCCCGGUGAUAAAAAUGACACCAUGGCCUUAGAUGUACCGGCACCAAUGGAAGAAGAGGAGCGCAAUAUGAAACAUUUCGCUGCCCUGCUAACCGGCCGCACUUCCCACUUCUUGAAAGGUGAAGAAAUGAAAUCGAUGUACACCACCCACAAUCCCCAUAAUAUUGUGGCCACCGGACGUUUUAUGUUCCACAAGAAGAAUUUGUAUUACUCCUUCUAUACCUCAUCGAAGGUUAACCGGCCCCGGGCCAUACAAUUUGUCGAUGAUGCUGGCACCAUUUUGGAGGAACAUCAAUUGCAGUUGCCUGCCGGUCCCCAAUCGAUUUAUCAAAAUGUCACCGGUAAAAUCUGUGGUGUGUGGCGUCGUGUACCCCGUGACUACAAACGUUUGUUGCGUGAUGAACGCCUUCAUGUUGUCCUGCUCUGGGGUGGUAAUAAAUUCCAAACUGAAUUGGCUUUGGCGGGAAAAAUUGGCAAAUACACGGCACUGCAAUCGGAAUUGUUUAGCGCCUUGAUGGAACCUGCACCUGGCUCCAAAUCGGAUAUCCUUGCCGGUUCCGGUGGUACUGCCAUUGUUUCGACCAGCAGUGGUGCUGCCUCUUCCAUGCAUUUGACCCUGGUCUUUAAUGGUGUCUUUGCCCCCGAUGAUUAUGUUGAUGCUCCCGUUAGCAUUCGCAUUGAAUCACCCGAUCGCCGUGAAGUGGUUUUGGAUGAGGUACAAAAGGUGCGCAAACCCUCCUCCGAGGUUAAUGUCUUGGAAAUCUCCUCACCCAUUUCCAUACAAAAUCUGCGUUUGAUGUCCCGUGGUAAAUUGCUGCUCACCAUUGAAUCCAAAAAGAACCCCAACUUACGUAUCCAGGGCCACAUUGUCACCCGCACCACCUGUGAGAUUUUCCAAACCCUAUUGGCUCCCCACAAUGCCGAGGCCAAGACCACCAGCAACAGCAGUGGUUUGGCCUGGGUAUUCCUCAACACCGAUGGCUCUUUGGCCUAUAACAUUGAAACGGAUCAGGUGAAUGCCCGCGAUCAUCCAGAAAUUAGCCUAAUUGAGGAUAUGGGCAAACGUAAGGCUGUCUUGCAGGAUUUGACCCCAAGUUUCAAUUUCAAUCAAGCCAUUGGCACUGUGGAUAAAUUGGGACCCAAGGUCGUUGAGUCUUUGUAUGCCGGCGAUUUGGGUGUUAACAUUGCUGUGGACCAGGAAUCGAGCUUGAUUAGAGGCCGUUUGGUACCCCGACCUGUGGCCGAUGCCCGUGACUCGGCUGAACCAAUUUUGCUAAAGAGAUCUGAACACUCCGUCUCGGCUCCCCAUCACGCCAUGGGCAUGGCCUGGCUAUCCAUUGACAAUGAAUGCAAUCUCCACUAUGAGUUGACCCUGAGCGGUUUCCAAAACCAUCCUCAGGAUUUGCAAAUCUAUUUGGAAGAAAAGCCAAUUGAGGCCAUCGGAGCCCCCGUCACCCGUAAGCUGCUGGAAGAAUUCUCCGGUUCGUAUAUGGAAGGUUUUGUUCUCGGCAUGCCCUCCAAUGAAUUGGUGAAAUUGGAAUCGAGUGUCUGUUAUCUGGAGGUACAUUCCAAGGAGAAAAAUGAAUUGCUGCUGCGCGGCAAAUUGAAAUCCACAAAAGUGCCGGCCCACUGCUUCCCCAUUUACACGGACAACAAUGUGCCCAAUGUCUUCCUGCCCGGUGAUCGCAAUGAUGAUUUGCUAAUGACAGCCGACACCAAGUGUUAUCACUCCGGGCGGUUCUAUGAUGAGACGGAACAAUGGCGCAGCACGGAAGAUACCUGCCAGAUGUGUGCCUGCCAACGCGGACAUGCUACCUGUGAGCCGAUCAAGUGUCCCGUGGUGCACUGCAAGGUAAAUGAGGAAUUGGUGUUGGCCGAGGGUGAGUGCUGUGCCAUGUGUGUGCCACAGAAUGUCAAAGGCAACAAGGCUGAGGAGCAACAACAACAGAAACGGGGUUGCCGCCUGGGAGAUCAGUUCCAUGUGGCCGGUGCAACAUGGCAUCCCUUCUUGCCACCUAAUGGUUUCGAUACAUGCACCACCUGUACCUGUGAUGCCUUGACCUUGGAAAUCAGAUGUCCUCGUAUGGUGUGCCCUCCCCUCAAGUGCAAAGAAAAGGAAGCCUAUCGUCCCGACAAGAAGGCCUGCUGCAAGGUCUGUCCCCAGGGUAAAAUUUCCAAUACGGCUGGUGAUAAAAUGGGUCCCUCAAAUCCCAAUGUUCUGCAAGAUCAGGCACCGCUCAAACCCAAUGUCCGAAGCAGUGAGGAAAUCUUGGCCCAGGGUGGCUGCAAGGUUGUCAAUAAACUCUAUGAGAAUGGUCAGGAAUGGCAUCCGGUGUUGGCCUCACAUGGUGAACAGAAAUGCAUUAAAUGUAGAUGCAAGGACUCCAAGGUCAAUUGUGAUCGCAAGCGUUGCUCACGUUCCACCUGCCAACAGGCCCGCAGCUCAUCGAAACGUAAAAUCUUUGAAAAGCCGGGUUCGGAACCAGCCCCCCUGGAUGAGUGUUGUUCGGCCCAGUGCAAACGGCCACGAAGACAUCACCGAAGAACCGAUCAGCAGCAACAACAGCAGCAAAGCAAACGCCAAGGCGCUGUUAGCAGCUGA